CAACUCUGUCUAUGGUUAAUAAUAUUGAGGUUAUGAAAUCCGAGGUAAAAACAAAUAUUUCGAAAAUACAUAUGAAAACUUUUCGAAGAAAAAUUAAAACUAGCAUAACUUAAGGAUAAUUCAGUGUUCAUUAAAUUUCUUUAAACCUGUAUUUUCAAAAUGGCAGAGUUGGUACAGAAAACGUCUGAAAUAACUGUCAAAGAAUUGGAAGAUCUCAAACAAUCCAAAUUAUUGUCUGAUGAUACAAUUCGUCGUAUUGUUGUAGCAAGAAGACACAUGGAAUCCAAAAUAAAUAAUGUUUCUAAGAAUAUUGAUGAUUAUAGAAGCUAUAUUACGCACGAAAAUCUGAUAUUGAACAAAAUUAGAAAAUGCCGUGACAAAAAGAAAACAUCUGAGAAAAAAAAUUCAGUGGAGAACAGUAUAAUUAGGAGGAUAAGAAGAUUGUAUGAAACUGCCCUACAAAGAUUUCCCAAUGAAUAUUCCCUUCAUGAAGGUUUUUAUAAAUUCUGUAAAGAAAAUAACUACACCCCUUCAGCUUCACAAGCUGUUGACAACAUGAUUAAAAUGUUCUCCUAUAAGCCUGAAGUAUGGAAAUUAGCUGCUGGAUGGUAUUGUCAUUUGAAUGAUACUGAUAAAGCUCUACAGAUACUUCAUAAAGGCUUAACAGUAAAUCCAGAAAGUACUGUUUUAUUCAGUACUGCAAUUGAAUUAGAGAUUAAUCAGGUAUCGAGUAAUGAUUGUUCACCUGAGCAAAGAUUGUUCAAAGAAAAUAAAUGUGGUGAAAAAAUCAAAACCUAUGUUAAUUUAAUCCUAAAGAACAUUAAGAAUUUAGAGUAUAUUAUUUCAACACUGGCUAUUUUGGAAGGUCAUAAUUAUACAAAUCCUGCACAGCAGUUGAUUUUGGACCAUUUAUUCCAGAAUCACUCUAGUGAAGACGUAGUCUGGCACACAUUAGCUAAGAGAGAAAAAAAAGGUAUGCAUUUUGUCACCAAUCCUAAUGAACAGCCAAGAUCAAAUAGUUUUGCUAAAUCAUGCAUAAUGUAUUGCAUAGAUAAAUAUGAGCAAGGCUUACUGCUGGUAGCUGAGGAUAGAAAAAAAAAAUUAUGGAGUAAUUACUUGGAAACUCUCAUUGAAAUACAGGAAGAAAAUGUACAGACACAAAGUAUUGAUAGAGAAGGUUUACUGAAAACAGCUCUCCAACAAGCCCAUCGUGAUAAAUGCUUGGAAGAAUAUCAUUACAAUAUAUGGGUGGAAAUGAUGCCAGAUGAUGAAGCCAGAAAAACGCUUGAAGAAGCCACUAGUAUUUUUCCACAGUCAGAAGAAUUGUGGAAAAUGCAAUUGAGAUAUGCUAUCAAAACAGAUAGCGUCAAUGAUGUGAACGUUACAUUUAAGCUAGGUGUAUUAGCAUUACAAGAAAGGGCACUCACUUUAUGGUUGAUGCUCUUGAGGUUCCAUUUAUUGAUUUCAGAGAAUGAUAAGAUGAGAGUAAUAUUUGAGGAUGGUGUCAGACAACCUCCUGAAAUUUCUGAUGUUUUAAAGCCAAAAUAUAUCGAGUGGAUUGCUUUUCAUGAAGGAAUUGAUGUAGCUAGAGCAAGAUAUAGCACCCUUGCUUUAGAGAGACCUUAUUGCAAAGAGCUACAUCUUCUCAUGGGAAAGUUGGAAUUUUCACAAAUGAACAUUGACCAUGAUAGCUGGCAGAAAGUGCAUGAACUUGCCUGUGCACAAUUUGGUGAAGAAGAUGUUGACGUUUGGAUUAAUUACAUAAAAUUCAUUUUAUUCAGAAAACCUAAUGAUUUGCAGAAUCAAAUAACCAGAAUCUGUCAAGAGUCAAAAAAUAAGUUACCUCCCCUUCUUUGGCAACAAGUCAAUGAAAUCUAUAAAAAAUUGAUUAGUGAAUCAUGAGUUUUUAAGGCAGAGAUCAAUCCCUCCCAUAGACUUUAUUAGUCUAUGAUCCCUCCAUUUCCUAUUUGAAUUCUCACUAUACACAUCGAUUUUGAUUUAAGUUGACAUUAUUAUUGAAUAUUGCUUUUAUACCUUGUUUACUUUUUAAGCCGAAGAUACAAAUAUAACUUGUUUUCCAAAAAAUUUGUCUUAUUGAAUAACCUUGGUUGAGCUGUAUUGGAAAUUGAAAGUGUAUUUUAUUUAAUGAGAGAAAUACUUUCCAUUUUUGGCAAUUGAACUUCAUUUAUGAUGCAGAUA